AUGUUAAAGCGAAAAUUCGACCAAUUCAACGAGACGACCCAAGAGGACACUCAUUGUGAUGGUCACGAACAAACAACAGGUGUUUGUUCACCAGAAGGAGCAGCAUCAAUUCAAGUGGCCACAUCAUCGGGGUUGUGUACUACAACAACAAACGUGCUUCAACAACAUCACGUGGUUUUUGAAAAACCGCAACAACAACAACUGAACGGCGGUGUUGAUCAUUAUAAUGGUGCCGACAGACAGGAUAAAAUGGAGGAAGGAGAAGACUUUGUUUCGAGUCAUGUUCUAUUUGUUGAAGAGGAUGUUUUAUCAGCGGAUGAUUCUGUGAAUUUGAGUACCUCAUCACUUCCCGAUAAUAAUAAUAACAUCAGCAGUGGCAACAAAACAGCUGAUGUGCAACACAGCUUCAAACAUUCAAACAACAAACCACCAAUACUCUCACAGUCUAGCAUUGACGAUGAAGAGACUCCUCCUGCCAUAUUAUGCUCUCCGAACGUGGAGUCUUCUGAAGCCAUCAUUGACGAGUUUUGCCAACAAAAUUUAGCUAUUUUUGUCAAGACAAUACUCCCCGAUAAGACUGCCAAUAGCAAUAAUAAGAAGAGAAAGCUAGAACCAACAACAAACGAAGAGCCAAUAGAGGUGCAAUUUUUCAAAUACAUCACUAACGGUUAUGAUUUAACUCCACUCUUGAGCAAAAUUCCUCCCAAUUUUGAUAUUAACAUGAGAAACACAAUUCAUCCAUUCAAAGAACAAACAGCAUUACAUAUUGCAUCAAACUGUGGAUUAGUUAAAAUUGUAGAGUUUCUCUUUACCAAUUUUGGGUCCACGAUUGACAUUAACAUUGAAAAUCUGAAAGGUUCAAAACCUCUUCAUUUUGCCGCAUAUGGUGGCCAUUGCUCUGUAGUAUUAGCACUUGUAAAAUGGGUUGCUCAAAAGUUUAUGAGCAACAAUACCAUUCCACAGCAACAAGGAGUGGAGUUUCAGUUUGAAGGCAAUCCAACUGGAAUUAUGCUUACUCCUCAAAAUGUUCCACAUAUUCAUGAUUUUGUAAAUGCUCGAACGAGAGAUGAUAAUCAGAGGACAGCCCUUAUCAUUGCAACCGAGAAGGGCCACACACCUAUUGUAAAAUUAUUCCUCGAGUUACACACUGCCAUGCGACAAAUAUGUCCAAACCUUGAAGAUCCAACAUUGAUUGGAACUUCGACGGGUUAUUUACCAAUUCACAAGGCUGCUUCGAGAAUGAGUGGCACUGAAAGUUUGCAAAUGCUGAUCAACUUUAACCCUUCAACAGUCAACGCCAAAACUCUCAAGAAGAAAUACCCUUUGUACUUUGCCGUGAAGCGAAAUGCCGUCAACGCCAUGCGAGUUUUAUUACAGCAUGGUGCUUCCACAUGUGAAUAUACACCUAGUGGUAAAAAACUUCUUCACAUUGCUGCCUUCAUGGGCAAUUUAGAAGUUUGUGAGUUGCUUGUUGAACAACCUGAUUGCGACUUGAAUGCCAACACCAAUGAUGGUCAUCCUCGUACCGCUUUGCACUUGGCUGCCAAGAAGGGAAAUUGUAAUAUUAUCAAGUUGCUUCUUGCCAAAGGUGCCAAUGUUGAAUGUGUUGAUUACUUUGGUAGAUAUCCUAUUCAUGUUGCUGCUUCAGCAGGAGCUGUCUCAGCGAUGGAACUAUUGGCCAAUGUCAAUGGCAAAGAUUACAUUAAUGUCAAGAAUGCCUCCGGUAUCUCUUGUUUACAUUUUGCAUGUGCAUCAGGACAUGAACACUUGAUUUCAUACCUUAAACAAAAAGGUUUCAAUUUUGAGGAUGCUCAAGAUGAUCGAUGUAUAAGACCAAUUUAUGUAGCUGCUGCUCAAAAUCAACCAAAUAUCAUUUAUGAACUUGCAAAAUACUACCGAAAGGACAUUGACUAUGUGAAUAGUGUGUCUGGUUUUACACCCUUACUGAUUGCUGCAUUCCGUAAUUCUGUUGGUGCUGUGGAAGCAUUAAUAAGAUGUGGAGCUGACAUUUCAAAACAAAACCAACACGGAAUCACAGCAGCUUAUGUUGCAAAAAGUAGAAAUAAUAAGAGAAUUUGUAGCAUUUUGAACGCCUUACCAAGAUGUGAAUAA